AUGGAGGGGCACUACCCACUCUUGUCUCCCAGGCCUACUGCAUCGCCGCCUAUCCACCACUUCUCCUCCUCCUCCGCUCGACGGUCCACCAAGAAAUCUGCCGCAAAGGCGCCAAUGCACUCCUCCAUUCUUGCCGCAAAGGCGCCAAUGGACUCUUCCAGAGAGCCCUUCUAUGUCAUCCGCAAAGGGGAUGUCAUUGGCAUCUACAAGACCCUCAGUGAUUGCCAAGCCCAAGUCAGCAAUUCGGUAUGUGACCCUCCAGUCACUGUCUACAAAGGCUAUUCUCUGCGUAAAGAAACUGAGGAAUAUCUUGCUGCGCGUGGGUUAAGGAACGCUGUCUAUUCCAUUGAUGCAGCAGAUGCAAGGGACGAAUUGUUUGGCGAUCUGGUUCCCUGCCCUUUCCAGCAACCUGAUGAAACCAAACAAUCUACUUUGAAAAUGUCACAGGAGAUGGAAACCAGACCGUCACAGCAUUCCAAAGCUGCUGAUCUGGAAACAUUACCUGAUAGUGAACUCUCUUGUAUUCUUGAAUUUGACGGAGCUUGUAAAGGAAAUCCUGGGAAAUCAGGUGCUGGAGUCAUAAUUCGGCGGUUAGAUGGAUCUGUGAUUGCUCUACUACGUGAGGGUUUGGGUGUUAUGACCAACAACGCUGCUGAAUAUCGUGCAUUGAUCCUGGGGCUAAAUUAUGCUUCCAAGAAGGGAUUCAAGUAUAUUCGUUGUCAAGGUGAUUCUAAGCUUGUCUGUAACCAGGUUCGAGGUGACUGGCGUGCUAGGAGUGAUAAUAUGGCUGUCUUGUGCGAUAUAGCCAAGGAACUAAAGGAAACAUUUCUUACAUUUCAAAUCAACCAUGUUUUGAGGGAAUUCAACUCGGAUGCUGACGUUCAAGCUAACUUUGGAACCCAACUUGCUGGCAAUUGCGCUCUGCCCCGACGUGGCCGUCUACUGGAUGAAUCGGGCCUGUGCCAUUUCAAGCUCAAGGAGUGGGCCAAGGUCGAAGAGGACAGCAGGAAGGCUCUCGCGCUUGAUCACACUUUAGUCAAGGGGCACUAUCUGCUGGGGUGUGCACUGCUCGAGAAGGAAGAGUCUGCUCUUGCUAUCAAGGAAUUCGAAAAGGCUCUGAUUCUCUUGAGGUCCGCGAAUUCAACGGAUGAAAUGGCCGAGGAAAUUUGGCAGGUCCUUGCAAAGGCAAAAUACUUAGAUUGGGAGAAGCAUUCCACUGAACGACUAUGGAGGAUGCAAAGUCUGAAGGAAGCUUGUGAAAGUGCUCUGCAGGAGCAUCACUUUCUUACUGGUACACUUGAGGAAGACUCCAAUGGGUCAAGCAAUGAGUAUUCAGAGCAAUUCAAACUGCUAUCGGAGGUCUUCAAUAGCGACAAUUGCCGAUACACCAGCGGAUGUUGGCAAUUUCGACCCGGUGACACGAGAGCCUUUGAAAUAGCAUCAGCUGGUUCCGAAUCUAGCCAUCAAGGAAGCAGUGCAGGCCUACCUGAAGGAGCACAGCUGGGCUUACAAGCUGAACUGAUGGAUGUCGAGUGCUUUGCUAACUGGAGAUGCUGA